CAUUCUGAAGUAAACAAUGCUAAAUGCCAUACUGCAAAGCCUCCGCUCUCCCCGCCAAUGCGGUCGCUAUCUGCCGUCACCGUCGGCGUCCUUGGCCUCCCGCUUCCGCCUGCACACCGUCGAUUUCCCUGUUCCAGAUGCCCUUGCUCUACUCUCCUCAUCUUCUCCUCCCUCUGACUCCUCAAUCUGGAACGCCGCCAUUCGUCGCCUGGUUGAUGAAGGGAACCACGCUGGUGUACUCAAUCUAUACCGUCGCAUGAGCUCCCCUUCUUCCGGCGUCCUACCUGACAACUUCACCUUCCCCCCCGUCCUCAAGUCCUGCGCCCACCUCGGCGACCUCGUGGAGGGCACGCGGAUCCACCGCAACGCCACCGAGCUCGGUUUAGCCUCAAACCUUUUCGUUUCCAACUCCCUCAUUUCCAUGUACGGGAGGUGCGGUGAUUUGAGCACCGCAAAGAAACUGUUCGAUGAAUUGCCUGAACGAAACGUAGUCACCUGGAGUGCAAUGAUCGGCGCAUAUGCUGAUAACGAGCGUCAUGAAGAAGCGUUAUCCCUAUUUCGUCGUAUGAUAGAAAGGGUUAGACCAAAUAGACCCACUUUUCUAAGAGUGAUGCCUUGUAUUAACAGGGGCGAUGAUGCAGACGAUUUGUAUAGGGUUAUAGUAAGAAUGGGUCUUGAUUCGGACACUGUGGUUCUGAACGCCAUGAUUGUGAUGUAUUCAAGGUGUGGGAGAGUUGGGUUUUCUAGGAGAUUGUUUGACGGGAUUAUUAACAAGGAUUUGGUUUCUUGGAGCUCGAUGAUCGAGGCUUAUGCACAGGCCGACAUGUUUCCUAAAGCUUUGAAUCUGUGGAGGGAUAUGAAGGUUAUGGGAUUUGUUCCUGAUCAUGUUAUUGUUCUUGGCCUGAUUCGCGCUUGCACGAAUUCAACAAUGGCUUCUGUUCGACACGCACAACUUAUUCAUGCUUUUGUGGUUCGAGGCUUCUAUCAGCAUAACGUGAUGGUUACUACUGCUUUGAUUGAUCUUUAUGUGAAGCGUGGAAGACUCCAAUAUGCACGUAAGGUGUUUGAUAGAAUGCAGGAUAGGAGUGUGGUUACGUGGAGCACCAUGAUUUCUGGGUAUGGAAUGCAUGGUUUUGGAAAAGAAUCAAUUCAACUUUUUGAUCAAAUGAAGCAUCGCAUGAGACCGGAUCAUAUUGUGUUUGUUUCAGUGCUUUCAGCUUGUAGCCAUGCUGGAUUGAUUGAAGAGGGAUGGCAAUGCUUUAACUCCAUGGCUAUGGACUUCGGAAUCACCCCCAGAGCUGAGCAUUUUGCCUGCAUGGUUGAUCUUCUUGGACGCGCUGGAAAGCUAAAGGAAGCACGAGAGUUCAUUGAGAGAAUGCCAAUAGAUCCGAAUUCUAGUGUGUGGGGUUCAUUACUAGGUGCUUGUCGAAUUCAUCCAGACUUAGAAAUUGCAGAACUAGCUGCAAAAUUACUGUUUGAGCUGGACUCUAAGAAUUCGGGACGAUACAUUCUUUUGUCUAAUGUGUACACUUCCUUGGGCAAGAUUGAAGAAGCGAAUAGCAUCCGAACUCUAAUGAGGAGGCGAGGAGUAAAGAAAACAUUGGGGUAUACUGUUAUAGAGUUGAAGGGUAAAUUUUACAAAUUUUUAGUUGGGGAUCGGUCGAAUCCAGAUUCAGAUUUGAUAUAUAAAGAGUUAGAUAGAUUGAUGAAGAGAAUUAAAGAAAUGGGUUAUGUGCCAAACCUUAGUUUUGCAUUGCAUGACGUGGAAGAGGAAACCAAGGAAGAAGCUCUGUAUAUGCACAGCGAGAAACUCGCUAUAGUUUUUGGAAUAUUGAAGUUGGAUCCUGAAUGCGACAUUUGGAUUCAAAAGAAUCUCAGAGUAUGUGGCGAUUGCCAUGAAGCUAUCAAAUUUAUUUCAAAAGUAGCUGGAAGGAAAAUUAUCGUUAGGGACUCUCAUAGGUUUCAUCAUUUCAGUGAUGGGUCCUGUUCAUGUGGAGAUUAUUGGUGAUUUUAUCUAAAAAUCUGACUGAUCCAUUUGCCUAAGAACUGCUUUUCACCCCAGCCUUUUUUCAGAUUGAAACAAUGAGCAAUGGAGGCUUUUUUAUGGUUUGGGCUGAGUAGUGGGAAUCAUCUUUCAAAGAGCACAAUAUUCAUGCAGUUUAGCAAUUCAAAUCGGUCAACAGAUUAAGGAUAUAUUUGCAUAUAAAGAUCCAUUUGAGGCGGCUCCAAUUGUUAGUUAAAAAAACUAUUAAAUUGUUACGAUUUUUUUUUUUGAAAUAUGUUAUGGGUAUCAUUAACCUUUUUUUCUUAAAAAAAAAAAGAGGGCAAUAACUUUUGUAUGGGUAAUUGUAAAAAUUAUUUCUCAUCAUAUUUUUUUUUUAAACAAGAAUAAAAAGAGCAAUAGCCUGAUAAAAAUAUGAUGCAGUGAAGUAUUGCAAAAGCUGCCACAAACAGACUGUAAGCUUCUUGAGAAAGCUUGUGCUUUCACAUCUGUAUUAGCUUUGGCCUAAUUUUGUCCCACAUUUUGGAAUGGCUCUAGAAAUAGAGAAAUUAUUAGGUCCGAAGUCU